AUGAGCGCGGUCGCCGCAGGCAGGGGCGCUGCCUUUUGGCAGUCUCUCGUCCGCCCCGGGCGGGCGGUGUACUUUCCGAACAUCGACCUCCGAUUGGUCCCCCCGAACGCCGAGGCUAACGCGCACGAGGUGGGCAUGGACGUCGUGACCUUCAUCACCCGCCCGGCGGUGACCAAGGUGGACGUGAAGGAGUGCCUGGAGAAGGUGUACGGCGUCGGGGUGGAGCGCGUGCACACGGUGAACUACGAGGGCAAGAAGAAGCGCCGGGGGAACUACUUCUACCACAGGCCGGACUACAAGAAGGUGUACGUUCAGCUGCGGGAGCGGUGGUACCCGCCGAAGGGAUUCGCGGUCACGGCCAUCGACGGCGAUGUGGACAAGGGGCACAAGGUGAAGGCGUCGCCGGUGAAGUCGGGGCCGAAGGGCUAUUGGCUCCAUAACGUUGUGACCAGGAAGGCCGGGGAUAGUGAAUACCAGGAGUGAAGAUGCGCUUGGUAUCUAAAUGUAGCACUAGCAUCGCAUGUAGUCAGAGGAUUGCCGUAG